AAGAAGGCCAUAGUGUGACGUAAACGACGAUCUAAACAAGUAUCAGCUGUGUAGCAGUCAUUGUUCGUAUCAUCCGUAUUGGCAGGCAUACAAGAAUCCUGUUUUUUCGUGGAUUUAUUUGCUUUGUACGGGGAACGUUGUUCGUAGGUAAAGAAAGAAGUAAGCGCGCGUGUGGAUUUUCUAAACGUAAGGAGGAAAUAAAAAAAAGGAGGGAGGCGAGAAGAACUUUCCCGUGCAACGUAAUCGUGGCUGCGUGCGUGCUUCAGCCCCAGCCACAGCCCCACCAACGAACUCGAGAGGGACAAUAAUCGUGUGAAAAACGGGGCGGUACGCGCAUAAGCCUGGCCUCGAGCGGCGAGUCGGACGACGGUGGACUCGCUCCGCCACCGCGCAAAAGGUCCCGUAGUUCUCUCCCGGCUACUCUAAGACCAGCGGACGAGCACCACUCCAAUCCAGAGAUGGAGAACUAUCGAAUCUCAAGACGUAUCGACGUCGGAUUCCUUUCGUAUGCGCUGUAUCCCCGAGCGGUUUUCUUAUUUAUCCAAAUUCUUCCGUCGAAUUCUUAUUGAUUCUCUCUCUCUUUAAUGCAAACUUAUACGGUUUUCAAAUUUAAUCGCACAAAAAACAAAAAAAAAAAAAAAAAAAAAAGUAAAUAAAUAUAUCAAAAAUAGAAAACAAAAAGAUAGAGAGAGAAGAUAUUACAUGUCAAGAUAAAAAUGUUACGCUUAGUACGCAUAUGCGUUAGUAUUCCGGACAAGUAUUGCAACCACGGUAACAUUUCCGUGUGCAUAACAGCGUAAUGCAGCAGCAGGCCUCAAACGGUGGAGUUUCUUCUGGGCUGCAACAGAACGGAGCUACGGCUGACACUGGGGGACCACACGCUAAUGGCAAUGUGAUACCGGAAUCCGAUAAUGACAUCAAUGGUGUGAAUGGGGAAACUAAUCCAAGUUUAGGACCUCCAAAAAUAAUGGACAAAACUAAUCAGGACAUUGUGAGACUCAUCGGGCAACAUUUGAAAACUGUUGGGCUAGACCGCACAGCAGAUCUACUUAUGCAAGAAUCAGGCUGUCGAUUGGACCAUCCAGCAGCUGCAAAGUUUAGACAGCAUGUUAUGGAUGGAGAUUGGAACAAAGCAGACCAUGACCUUAAUGAAUUAAAGUCCUUUUUAAAUGGUGCAAGUCAGAGCUUGGUGGAAAUGAAAUUCCUACUCUUAGAGCAAAAGUAUCUGGAAUAUUUGGAGGAAGGCUUAGUACUAGAAGCUUUACAGGUUUUACGCAAUGAAUUGACACCCCUGGGCCAUAAUACGGGCCGUGUUCAUCAAUUGUCAGCAUUUAUGAUGUGUAGCGGGCGUGAUGAAUUACAGACACGUGCAGGCUGGGAUGGUAAAGGUUCAGCUUCCAGAGCAGCACUUAUGGAUAGAUUGCAGAGGUAUCUUCCACCUUCCAUUAUGCUGCCACCACGUCGGCUUCAUUCAUUGCUUUGUCAAGCAGUGGAAAUGCAAAAUCAGCAGUGCACAUACCAUGUAACGCAUAUGCAGACAAGUUUGGAAAAUGUGUCGCUGCUUGUGGACCACAGUUGUAGCAAAGAACAAUUUCCGUGCCAUACUGUACAAUUGCUGAAUGAUCAUUGCGACGAAGUUUGGUAUUGCAAAUUCUCUCCUGAUGGUCUUAAAUUAGCCACAGGUUCUAAAGAUAUGACUGUGAUUAUUUGGGAUGUCGAUCCGGAAACCUUAAGAGUAACGCACAGAAAAACGUUGGAAGGACAUACAUAUGGCGUUGCGCUUAUAGCUUGGAGUCCAGAUAGUAGCCAUCUUAUUGCUUGUGGUCCUGAAGAUUGUCCUGAAUUAUGGCUUUGGUGCGUCGAUACGCCUGACUGUGAAUUACGUGUUAAAUUAACGCAAAGUACCGAUGAUUCUCUGACAGCCUGUGCCUGGCAUCGAGAUUCAAAUAAAUUUGUUGCUGGAGGACUUCGUGGUCAGUUCUAUCAAUGUGAUAUGGAUGGUAAUGUCUCAGAUUCGUGGGAAGGCGUUAGAGUUAAGUGCUUAUGGUGUAGAAGCGAUGGAAAAACUGUUUUAGCAGCUGAUUCUCAUCAUCGAAUUCGAGGAUAUAAUUUUGACGAAUUAUGUGAUUUUACAAUAUUACAAGAGGAUCAUCCUGUCAUGUCCUUUAGUGUAAACAAAGCGGAUAGACUUGCUUUACUUAAUGUGGCUAAUCAGGGUGUACAUUUAUGGGAUUUACAAGAUCGUUGUUUAGUAAGGCGUUUUCAAGGUGUUACCCAAGGACAUUUUACAAUUCAUAGCUGUUUUGGAGGUAUCAAUCAAGAUUUUAUCGCGUCUGGUAGUGAAGACAAUAAAGUGUACGUAUGGCAUAUCAAGCGAGAGCUCCCCAUAGCGACUUUAACAGGGCACAGUCGAACGGUUAAUUGUGUUUCGUGGAAUCCUGUUUAUCAUCAAAUGAUGGCUUCUGUAUCUGAUGAUUGUACAGUUAGGAUAUGGGGACCAAGGUCUUCCUCUCCCGAAAAAGCUGAUAAUGAUAAGACUGCAUCGGUAGAAAGUGCAUCCUCAAAUAGCAGUGGCUGGCACGAAAUGGUAUCGUAGCGAAUUACAGCACAUCAAAAUUCCCAUGACUUCAUGGUGUUCAAAAGACUGUUUUACUGAAUGUCAUGCUGACUUUUUCCUGCCCAUCGCAAUUAUCCCUCUGUGCCUCACUAUCAUCAAUUUAUAGACCAUCAAUUAAAUGUGGAGGUAAAUGGGGGAUAUGGACGUUAGCAAUAAACUGCUAACCAAUAAAAUGCUAAUCAGAUAUGUAAAAAUUUGGGAACUUAUGUGUACGUUUCUUUUUGGUUGAUUUACGGAUUUUAUAUAAUAUAUAAUCCGUCUCACUAUAUCUCACAUUGAGCUGUGUGAUUUAUUCAUACGAGGUAAUACUUGAAAAUAAAAAGAGAGGAGCAUAAUAAAAAAUAAAUAUAAUAUGUUAUGGCAGUAUAGAAACUAAAGAAAUUCCGUCUUAGAAUUAGUGUAAGGGUGAAGGUUUAUAUGCAUGAAUAAAGAAAUUACAAAGAGGGCAACCAUUUGGUCACACUGUUUUGACAAGGAUUAUGUGAAAUCUGUUUAAUCAUGCUAAUAAAACACAUUGUAAAUAACAGUCGUACGUGUAGUGAAUCUCUAACUCGUUUUAUAUUUCAUCAGUGGAAAAGACAAGAUCUAUGUUUCUAGCAUACAAACCGAACUUGACGUCUUAUAUCGAACGAGAAUGCUUCAUGUGAUAUGCUGUUAAUCUUGAAAGGUUACUAGAUGAUUAAAUAUAGUGAACACAGAAAAUAAGAGAAAAGAAUUUCGAACUUUGUAUAUUGCCAUGCAAUAAAAAAAGAAAUAAAUACAGGUUUUAUAAUUAUAAUUUUGUUUAAUAGAAGGAACUUGGAGUGCAAAGAUAAAAUAUUUUACAAGUUUAUCUCUAUAAUUUUAAUACACAAAAUCGAGUGUAUAAGUAAACAAUGUAUAAUUAUGUUUGUAUGUUUGUCUUUUAACUGCCACAUUUUCAAAAUAAAAACUCGAUUCAAAUUUCAAUUUAAUGCAUUAAAUAUAUCCAAGGCAUGAUAAACAUUUUAUGCAUGACCUCAUAUCCUAUAAAAAUCAUUUUUAUAAACAUACCAUUUGGUUUUAAUAUUUAAAAAAAAAAAAAAAAAAAAAAAAAAGAAAGAAAGAAAAAAAAUUGCUGUAUUGAAAAAAAAAAGCGAAAAAAAAUCCCAACUUUUAAUCCACAUUAAAUGUAUCUAAUCAGUAAGAAUUUUUAAUGGCAGUUAUGGGACGAAUUGUUAAAAUCUUUAUUUUUCUAUAAUAAGGUAUUAAUAUCAAUGAAUUUUAUAUUUGUUAAAAAGUGAUAUAAGCAUAAAGCAGAAGAUAUUUCAAUGAGUAUCCAAACUUUAAAUAUCUAUCUGUAAAUGCUGCUCAUAAUGUCCCUUUGCAUAUUAACUUUGCUUUGCAUGCAAAAAAAGAUUGCUAACAUACUUUACUAUAAUAUACAUGCUACUUAAACAAAAUGCAAGAAAAAAAAGACGAAGAAAUUUAAUUUUGCACACAGAAAGUGAAAAGAUCUUCUAAUCAUCCUGAAGUGUAUGUAUAAAAGUGCUUACUUUCAUAGUAAAUAUUAUAUAAAUAAAUAUAAAAAAAAAAAACAGAAAAAAAAACAAAAAAAAAACAAAAAAAAAGAAGAAAGAAAGAAAGAAA